CAAAGGCACAACAUGACACAACUUCUCAUCAUUAUCUACAAUAGCCGGUACAUUAAAGGACCUUUUAUAUAAUUAAAUGCAGGUGCGAAUAUCUAUUUCCAAACUGUUAUGUGCUGAGUAAAGAGGUGUACCGGCCGUUUGUUCACAAGUUGUUAAUGAUGAGAUGCUCGUGUGAAUUUGUCUUGCACGCGUUUCAGUGAGAUUAUACCAUUUUAUAUGCGUUAACUUGUACUUGAUUGAUAAAAAUAUCAAACACACAAAAUUAGCGCCCAGAGCCGAUAGUGACGAAGAUAUUUCGUACAUAUUUUCCUAUAAUAACCGAAGCAUUCGUCUUUAAAAAAAAAUUGAAUCAUGCAAAAAAACGUGCUUCCCAAGAACUUUUUGAAAAUGAAAGUGAAUUUCUGUAAACAAUUACCGUGCGUUUAAAUGUAACUAAAUCGUCUGGAAGGGGGUUUGUUCCGCUAUGGAAGGGGGUUUAUUCCGCCUGUCUGAAAACUCGAAGGGGGGUUGUUCCGCCUAGGCAAAACUAGCGAGGGGGUUUCUUCCGGGUAUGCAAACUAUGAAAGGGGGUUUCUUCCGCCCUGCCGUUUUUAGCGAAGGGGGUUUCUUCCGGAGGGGGUUUCUUCCUGUCAUCGAACGGAACUAUUGGCGACCUUAUUGCGGCAAUACAGAGAGGCGACGAUGUUAAAAUGUUUGAGAACGGAUACCGUUUUUUCUAUACCCAGAAGGUCACGUACUCUAACCCCCUGACAGCACCGAACGUUGAUACUCAGUCAUCGAUUGUUGCCUAUUCAUACAGCCUUCCCUGUCAUAUACAUUCCACUGACGGACGUUUCGAAUUUCAAGUUACAUUCCUGGGUGACAAUUUCAAGUAUUCUGGCACAUACCGGGCUAACGGAAAUUAUUUUACUAGACCGAGAUUUCACCAAGUGUCCGAAAUUAGCCAGCUACUGACUUCAAUAAACAAUGGCGCCAGUGUCAAGGUCUGUGUAGAGAACCAAUACUUUGAACUGCACAAUGUUUCGGUGGAUUCUGCUACAGUUUCGGGUAUGUCCGUCUGGGAAAUUCGUGACAAAAAUGAUGGUCGAUCAUUCAACGACACAUUUCAACGAGUGUACCGAAUUUUCAACCAAAGAUUGACCGAGAACAGCAUGGAGGGAGCAAGCUACAAGUGGUACACAACUGAGCAACAAAGCUAUGAGCGAAGAACCAACCUGAAUCUGACCUGGUUUGUGGACACGUGCUGGGAUGUUGUGUACGAGAACAAGAGAGUACAGCCCUACAUGAAGCGAUCAUUUAGUGUAUUGUAACCUAUAAGACAACGUUUACUGUUAACAUCUCGAAAAAUAAGCACUUCUCGAUACUUAUAAACCUAUUUUCUAUGUGCAUGCCAAUUUUCAGACCGAUCUUUCACGUAGAAAUGCUUGAAAAUGCAUUUUAUUAUAACGCCUGAUAAGCCAUGUGGCUUUCGCGUUCGGAGCUUUGAUUUAUAACGGGCGUUCAGGCGUAAAACGAUUACCCUAAAUAACUACAAUCGGUCAAAAUACUGGAAUAUUGUUACAAGCUAUGUAGAAAAAGAAGUAAACAACUAUUAAAACGUGUUCAUGAGCUCUUUCAGCACAAAUUGUUGCGAUUUGAGAUGCUCAAGACGAGUUUUUGUACAUUUUUUUCUUAUUUUCCUCUGAAAACGUAUUUUUUUCUUAAAAACUCACGAUGCUCCUUAAAUUCGUGAAACAAACGCAUUUAUUCCGCGAAAUUUGCCAAAACGCAUCAUAUCUCACUAAAAAAAUGAUGAUUUUCGGUAAAUACAGCUUCUUUGUGACUAGGCCUGGUUUUGCGUUUAGGUCAUAAUACACCAAAUAGUUUCCCUAUAUAAUUCAAUGUAAAAGCGACAACUUUGAGCGAAAAUAAAUGCAACAUUUUGCACAUAGAGACCCCCAUAACCAUACCUUUUCUUAAAGGCCAUUCUAAGCGGAAUCGAUUUAUGCAAUAAAAAAGAUAUGUCAUGUACAAUGCAAGAAAGAACUUGACACAAAUCAAAAUCGACUGUUUUUGCAACUUUUUUUUUCGGCCGUUUCUUAGUGGAAUGUAACCUUUUCUAGUGCAAUGGUUUACUAUAGUCUUCAAGUGUGUCAUAUUUCAGGGAUUCAGUGGUGAACACCUAUUCAUGCCCUACCAUUAUCUCCGCAAGAUAACACCUGAAUAAUGGUAAAAAGUGUAAAACAGGCCUUCCUGUCAACUAUGAUAUUUUUUUAGAGAGUACAGCCCUACAUGAAGCGAUCAUUUAGUGUAUUGUAACCACAACCGCGAUGGCAUCGCAGUGUCUGAAUCCUCUGCCGCACUCCUGGCAGCAGUGAGAGCCGGUAAAAGGAUCAAAGUUCGCAUAGGACAAACCUUUCAUCAGGUCAGUCUCAUGACGUGGCUGAAGCUUACCAACUUAUUAAUAAAAUGACAUCAAUCCUAAAGAUAAGUACGAAAAUAAACAAUUGAAAUGUCGUAGCUAUGGCGAGAUAAGAAUCGGAAUAAAUGGUGCAGGUAAGCAAUAAGUGGUCACAAUCACAGAAAGACAGAAAAAAAUCAAAUAAUUUGACGUUUGGAAUAAUAAACAAACGAUUGUAUUUAGUUUUGAGCUCACCUGAGCACAUUGUCCUCAUCGGCAACUUUUAGGAAACCGUGAUGCCCGUCAUUACGUGUGAGGUGUGUGCUUGCGUGUGUACUUCACGGUAUGAUUCUUGGGUGUUUCAAACGUUUCUGUCCGUUGCAAAUGUAAGUAGUCAGAGAUAUACAAGGUUUUACAAAUGAAAACUUAAAAAAAAACUAUUCCUUCCAGAGAGAAAAAAAGUCGGGAAUUAAAUAUGUCGUGUGUACCAUCAUUUAAUUGACCUCGCCAUUGGGUUGCGUUUUUCCUUACAUUAUGCACGAACAUAUAUCAAAUUUCCUCGUCUGAAAACACAAGGUUCACACAUUUUGAUAUUUGGUGUGCACAACAUUUGGUGGUUCCCUACCAAGUUUGUUUAAAUCAUGUUCCCGGGGUUUAGCUUGCAACUUGCACUAUAUAUAGUGAAUACUCUAAAAAUCUUUCCUAAUCAACCGCCAGGCACAGAAAUUUGGAUAUUUGCUAUGGAAACUUUCCCUUUUUUGUUCAUCUAACAUAAAACAUGAACACCCGGAGGCGAGCUAUUGUUUGUUUAUAUGGUUUUAAUGCAACCUUGUGAAUACUCUAGACUAGCGAUAGUUUUCCAUACAAGCAUCAUGAAACUUGUUCAGAGCAUUUGUGCUAAUAAAAUCUUGGAUGAUUUCUACAAUGAUUAUCAAAACUACAACAAAAGCGGCACAUCACAGCUAAGUUCCUUUUGAAAUCAGGUGCGCGACCAAUUGGCCUAUGGUCCUCCUGUUUUGCGUAUUUUUUCAGGCGAACUUUAUUACCAUAAGCACCGACGACGUCCUAACGAUACAGGUAUUGGACAGCAUGAACGACAACCUACAGGACCCAACUUGGCAAUGGCUGUUCGUGUCCACUAGCGGAAAGGUGACCACCGUCAGGCACAAAAUCGGUGACAAAAACGCAAUAUCCGCAAAAACUGACAAUACUGUGGCAUUGACUUGGUUUGUGGAACUCCGCGAUCGGUCAAACGGAAGCGGCGAGUCACAGCGGAUAACAGACGCAAUCAUUGCUGGGAGCGACCUCCGGUACAUGAUCGUUGAUGCAUCUGGAAAUCAACUGUAUUAUGAGGCAGAAUAUUGCCAAACGGAUUUGUGGUUCUAUACUAGACGCGAGUUGGUAGAAAAGAGCGGGAUAUUUUAUCAGCGUCACAGUCUAUUCGAGUAUCCCUCUGAUUACUCGUUCAGCGAUUGGAAGGUCGAGAAUGUUGAUGAUCGUCCAGGCCCCGAAGAUCGAGGUUCCUGGUCUGACGUGCAGGGUGCCUUGUUCAUCGGAAUGUAGCCUCCUGGUGGCAGAAGUCAAACAAUGUUGAAAUAACUCAUGGACUUCGCAUAUAUGUUGUUACAAUACCAAUUAUAUCUCUUAAAUGAAUUGUUUAAACAGUUAUUUUCGAAUAAAUCAAAUAUGUUUUCAUCUGUGAUAUGAGCAGUUUUGUAGAAUUGUAAAAUUCCAAGACAAAUCCAUUUAUGUAUAUACUUGUGAUACCGACCGGUACGAUGCAUGAUUCCAUUUAGUUUGUCUCUACUUAAUGUCCAUUGUAUUAUUGCUUUCUUGUAUGUAGAAUGUACCGUAAAUGUGUACAGAGUAUAUAUUGCUAUAACACCGAAAGUCAGUGUGAAAAUUUCAACUAUUGAAUUUCGAAGUGCAUACUUGAGUUGUUCAACUGCAAGAUGUUUGAUUUCAUGUCUGCAAAUGUAAAUAAAACUA